GCGAGCUUGCCAUCAAAUUGCGAGCUUGCCACGAACGUGUUGCGAGCUUGCCACCCGACUGUAUGCGAAAUUUAGAGCCGGUUAUCGCCGCCAAGCGGCGACGCGCGCGUGGCACUGGCGACCUUAAACCGAGACUCGGCUAAUUUAGUCUUUCGACCAAUUGAAAAGAUUUGGAACUUAUGCGACUGCUUUUUUAUUUUGGAACCUAUGGGACUGAUUGUCAAGAGAUGUUAGUUUCAUCUGGAUCUAGAGCAGUGUUUUCAAUUGUUUCUCUUGCAUCAUUGGUGUUGGUUUGAUUUUGGUUCCAUCGAUGAUGUGGUUUCGAUUCUGGCUCCAUCGAUAAUUUCUCCCACGAACAGGUUUAUAUUGUCUUCCGGACAAUUUUUAUUCAUUUAAAAUAUAAGUGCUUUUAACCCCUAAAUCAAUUAAAAGAUUUUUAAUGAAUUGGUCUUGAAUUUAAAUGAAUUUGUUUUGAGUCAAAUUUUGAUUUGGACAGGUACAUUUUUGAACACAAAACUAAAAAUAUUUUGGGAGUAAGUUUUCAGUGUCAACAAAAAAUGCUGGCCAUUCUGGUUAACAUAUGAUAUCUGUUCAAUCUUGAAUGUUAAUUGAAUCUUAAUUCAAUUUAGUUUUUUAGCUAUGUCCAUAGAUAGACUGCAACUUUAGGGGCAACUCCUCGCUCCUUAAUUCCUCUCGCGUGGUAGAACUGAAAAGUAGUAGGAAAGCCCUGUGUCACUUCACAGCGACCAGCUAAUCUAGUUCCUUUUUUGUUGUUUUUAUAAGCCUCCUUUAGUCUGACUGGAAAAGCAAGAGGUCAAUAACUACUUUAUAUUGUCUCUCUCUGUGGCCGAUUGUGUCGUUGGGCUCAUUGUGUUCCCACUCUCUGGAGUAUUCUUUCUAUCGGACAGCAGAUGGGUUCUUCCCAGUAUGAUCUGCCAAAUAUGGCUCUCCGUGGACUACGUCAUGUGCACCGCGUCUAUUUUAAACUUGACGGUUCUCUCAGUCGACAGAUAUCUCUCUAUUCGGUCUCCUCUUGCUUAUCUCAAGGAGCGCACGAAAAGAAGAGCAUUUAUUAUCAUCGCUGCAGUAUGGAUUCUGUCUUUCACAUGGAUUUUACCGAUCUAUGGAUACCAUCACGUGUUCAGGGGAGGUGACAAGCUAAUUACAGGAAAUUACGAGUGCGAGACUGAGUUCCACCUGGACACAACGUUCAAGUUCAUCACCAGUCUAUUCAAUUUCUGGAUCCCACUGUCUUUGAUUAUAUUCACGUACAUCAAGAUAUUCGGACUUAUCAGGAAAAAUUCUCAGAUGGCAGUAGGACAGAAAACGACCUUGAACGAACUUGUGAAACAAACUACAGUAGUUUCAGCUGCAUUAGAUACGAAUUUGAAAAAGAUAGCCGCAGCUGAGGAUGACUACUUACGAGCGAACAAGAGAGUUCAGUUUCCAAAAGAUGCGACGAACUCCCCUCAAAAACCACCCUUAGCUCAUCCAGCUAAUCAGAAAUCUAGAAGUCACUCGCUACAGACGUGUAACAAGGAUGCUAAGUACAACCUUUCAGCAAUCGAUAAAAACAAGCCGGAAGUUAUACAGAAAACGUCUCAGCUUUCGAUGAAAGUACCGUCUCCAAGAAAUAGCAAUGUGUCGAUGCAAAGUAGCGAGAAAAUAACAUCGAAGUCGGGCAGAAAUACGAGUAGUUCCAUUCUCUCGUUUGGAGUUAGUAGCAAGUUCGUAAUCAAUCAUUCGAGCGAAAUCAAAGCCGCGAAGCAACUGGGAAUUUUGGCUGCCUGUUUUAUUGUGUGUUGGCUGCCAUACUUCAUACUAUUUCAAGUGGUCACCCUUUGCAACGAGUGUGUGUCUCACGAAUUGGUCACAGCUUCAAUCUGGCUCGGUUACUUAAACAGUAGCCUGAACCCGUUGAUCUAUCCCCUAUGCAACCGACACUUCAAAGAGGCAUUUAAAAUGAUUCUCUGUGCUAAGAAAUAUGGAGGAAAAUAUCGAUACACUAUACAGCGCUUUGGACACGGCCAAAAUCGUCAGCAAAACCCCCAAAAUAGAGGAACGCCCCUGCAUUUGAAAAAUAAUUACAGAAAACAGUACCAGAACCAGAAGUUCAAACACGGAUUAGUAGCAGGAACGAGCGGUCAAGCUAAAUGCUGAUUGAUUUAUUAAAACUGAACAUUUGAAAACUAUGUAAAUCACUUAAAAUUCAGAUUCUUUUCUAUAUUUGUGUGAUCGGUUUCAAGAAAAUAGAUGUCAAAAUAUUGCAUAA